AUGUCUUAUGAUUAUGAAUAUGACGAGUCUGGACUUGCAUCGAGCUAUCUGAUGCUUUCUGUUCUUGCACCAGUUGCCUUGUUCUUGAGUUUUGGAUUGGUUGGAAGGAAGAAUGUAAGGAGAGUGUGGUGUAGAUGUGCAGGAUGCCGAGAGAAGGUGGAGAAGAGGAAUGGACUUAAGAAGGUGACUGUAGUAGUGCUUUGGAUAGUAGUAGCUUAUCUUGCAAAGAAUGUGAAGACAUUGAGGAUGGAGAAGAAGAAUGGAUUUAACCCGCUGGAUGUUCUGGGGAUAACUGAGGAAUCAAGUGCAAGAGAGAUCAAGAAAAGACUACGUGUGCUUCUGGUGAAGUACAAUCCUGGAAAUGCAGUGGAAGAGGUGAAGAAAGAGUAUGAGGAGAAGAUGAAGGAUGUGAACCGAGCGUAUGGACUUAUGAUGAACAAGAAGAAGUAUGAAGCUUGGCUGAAUAAUGACUCGAAGAUAGGAGAGAUAGUGGCGAUUCCUGGGAUGAUAGUUAGGAAUGGAGUUUAUACGUUUGUGUUGUAUUGUAUAGCACUUGGAGUGUUUGUUCCGAGAUGGGCGUACAGGAAGUGGAGAGAGAUGCGGGACAUGAACCGACUUGGAGUGAGUUUUGUGACGAUGGAGAAGUUUUUUGAAAGGAUUGAUGAGAAGAUGAAUGAGAUGAAGGGUCUUGAGAGUGUUUAUGCGUUGAUAGGGGUGAUGGGUGAAUCUGAGGAGUUUGCAAGGCAUGAGUGGAAGAGUGAGAUAAGUGAAUUAAAGACAAAGAUUGAGAAUGAGUAUGGAUUUCCUAUGAAGGAGAUGAUGGAUGAUAACAAAGGAUGCCUUGUACUGAUUGACCAUUUAUUUAGGACUGGGAUGGCAAGGAAAGAGGAGACUGAGUAUGUACAGAGGAUGUCGCUAAGGUUGAUAGAGGGAAUGAGAGUUAUUGCGCUUGCAAAGCGAUACGGGAAUGUAAUGAAGAAUCUUGUUGUUUUAGAGGGGAUGGUGGUGCAGGCAGUGUUUGAUCCAAGGUUUUGGUUGCUACAGGUGCCAUUUGUAAGAUUCGAACUUUUAUUUAUUUGGGAGAAGCGAGGGAAUGAGAAGAGAAGAAGCGAGGAGUAUUUGCGGAUGCAUUUAUCUGGGGAGCAUUAUGAUUCUGCAGUGAUGGUGAAUAAGGAGAUUCCGAGUGUUGAGGUUAGCGAGUUCAGUGCAUCAGUGAUUAAUACAGGAAAAGAAGGAGAUGGAGAGGAUGUUGCACUUGAGGACUCUGAUGAUGUGGUUAUGCGUAGGGAAAGUGUAGAGGAGAGCAUGAAGAGUGUGAAGAGGGAUCAGAAUGUGUAUGUGGUGAGUGAUGGGUCUUUGGUGACGGUGAUGGUGAAGCUGAGCAAGGUCUCGAGUUUCCGAGGAGGAUCUGAUGGAAGAAAGAUGGUUGUUCAUGCGCCAUAUAUAAAAGAGCAGUUGUUCUGCAGAUGGAUGGUGAUGCUGACGAUUGAUGGACGGGUUUAUGGAAAAAUUGAGAUGGUUGAUGAUUUUGAAGGCAACCGAAGGGUGAAGUUUAAUAUUGGUACCGAAGACCUACGAAAGGUAAAUGAGUGCAAGGUGUUUGUUGGAUGUGGCGAGUAUCUGAAUAGAAAUGUGGAGAAGAGUAUUGUAAUCAAGGUUGAAUAA